CACUGGUUGCUAGUUAACAUUUUUAAAAACACGUGUGUCAGACGAAGCAGCAAUUUUUUACUGGGAAAAAAAGAAUAUAAGUUUAUUAAUUAAAAAUAAUGGCGGAUCUGCUAAAACUUACCGAUGCGGUAGUAUUUGAGUAUCUACAAGGCAAAGACAAAAACCUGGCUAAGGUUUUUCAACAAAAGACGAAAGCGGCUAAUGUUGCUAAGAAUACACCAAAGUUGACAGAUAUUCUACAGUUCUUUCAAACAAAAAGUGCGACAAAGAUUCCACAAAUCAAGGCUGGAGCUAAGGAUAGCGAUAGUGACGACGAUGACAGUGAUUCCGACUCAGAAGAAACUCCGGCAGCAGCAUCAGCCGCUGGCAAGAAGCCGAAUUUGAGCAAUGGCAAGGCAGCGAAAAAGGACGACACAAGUAGUGAGGAAAGCGAUUCUGAAGAGGAGACGGCCAAACCCAAUGCUAAGGUUGCUCCGGCGAAACCAGCUGCGACUAAGAAAGCAGACACCUCCAGUGAAGAAUCCUCCUCAGAAGAAGAAACAGCGCCUAAAAAGGUAGCAGCCACACCUGCCAAAGCUGCUACACCAGCCAAGAAACCAGCUGCAGCCGCUUCUUCCUCCAGCGAAGAUGACUCCUCCGAAGAAGAAAAGGCAGCAAAGCCAGCAGCUAAAAAACCAGUUGCUGCUGUAACACCAGCUAAGAAACCAUCUGCAGCCGCCUCUUCCUCCAGCGAAGAGGACUCCUCCGAAGAAGAGCCAGCAAAGCCAGCGGCUAAGAAACCAGUUGCUGCUACGCCAGCCAAAAAGGCUGCAAAGUCAUCUAGUGAGGAUAGCUCUUCCGAAGAGGAGGCAGCUCCUAAAAAACCCGUGGCCGCAAAGUCACUUGCUGCUCCAGCAAAGGCCAAGAAAGAUGACACCUCUAGUGAGGAAAGCUCUUCUGAAGAUGAAAAGCCAGCAGUAGCAAAGAAGUCGCCAGCAAAGGCGGCGCCUGCCAAGAAAGCAGAUGACUCAAGUGACUCGGACGAUUCCUCAGAAGAUGAAGCACCCAAAAAAACAGCAGUAGUCGCUCCAACAAAGGCAACCCCGGCCAAAAAGGCAGACACCUCCAGUGAGGAUUCCUCCUCUGAAGAUGAGAAACCAGCUGCCAAAAAGCCGGCGCCAGCGGCUGCUGCUAAGAAGCAAGCAGAAUCCGAAGAUUCUUCCGAUGAUAGCGAUAGCUCCGAAGAAGAGAAGCCCAAGGCUAAGGUGGUGGUGGCCAAACCUGCACCAGUGGCAGCCAAGGCUGCUGCUAAGAGCAGCAGUGAAGAAGAUUCCUCAAGCGACGACGACGAUGCCCCUGCUGCUGUCAAGCCAGCUGUAAAGAAGCCAGCAGCCGCCACACCAGCCAAGAAGCAAGAAUCCUCCAGUGAUGAUGACUCUUCCGAUGAUGAUGAGCCGGCAAAGAAGAAACCCGCCGUGGCUGCUGCGCCUGCCAAGAAGAAGAAGGAGAGCAGCAGUUCGGAUGACAGCGACGACUCUGAAGAAUCCGGUGAGAUUAAGCCCCAGCCAGCUGUGGCCAAUGGCGGAGCUAAGAAACGCAAAUUCAGCGGUGGUGAUGCCGACGAGGAGGCCAAGGCUACUCCGAAUAAGAAAUACAACAACUUUGUCAAGUCCGGAGAGCAACAGAAUGGUUACCAGAACUCCACGCCAAACAACUAUGAGAACAACCGAAAUAGGCAAUUGAACAACAGUGGAGGAGGCAGUGCCGGGCGUCGUCGUUCUCCCUUCCGACGUGUACGCACCGAAGACAUUGAAGUGGACAAACGCGUCCAAGAUAUGUCCUUUGAGGCCAAGGAUAACAAUGGCGGUGGUUUCCAGAAACGUGGCGGCGGACGUGGACGUGGUGGUUCUGGUUUUGCUGGACGGCCAGAUCGCAGCAAAUGGGAGACGAAUAAACAAAAUGGAGGCGGCGGCGGCGAUGGUGGCAAUGAUGCUGCAGGUGGUGAAGGCGGCGGCGGCGGUUUUAAGAAGUUCGGCGAACGCAAGAGUUUUGGCGGCUUUGAUAGAAACAAUCAGAGAGGAGGCGGAGGUGGACGUGGUGGCGGCGGCGGAUUCGGUGGACGUGGCGGCGGUGGACGCGGCGGUGGCGGUGGCUUUGGCGAUCGAGGACGUGGUGGCUUUGGCCGUGGAGGCGGUGGUGGCGGCGGCGGCGGCUUUGGCCGUGGAGGUGGUGGUGGUGGACGUGGACGCGGCGGUGGUGGCUUUGGUAACAAAUCCUUUGAUUCGGGGCCAAAGCAAAACAAGAAAAUCACCUUUGAUAAUUAAUUUUAGCUUAGUUCAUAGCCCCUCUAAAACCACCCACCACAUCCCCCACACACACACACACAGAAACAGAAAGAUGCCACACGCACACACACACAGUCACAUGCAACAUGUUUCAAUUUGCUAACUUAAAUAUUCGCAUUAUAGAAAAACGCAGCCGGUUCCUGGGGCGAUCGUGCAAAUAAGGAUUUAAAGCAUACCCGCGGUAAAUCC